CCUAAUUUACUGCGCAAGCGCGCUUAGAAGGCCUCGUGAGCCGGCAAGCGCAAGCGCACUCACUGCAGACGAAUGCCUCAUCGCCUCCUUGGAACCCGCUGCAGUGCGCAAGCGCGCAACAUCUCCGUUUCCCUCUCUCCAGCUCCUUCACACACACACACACACACACACACACACACACCCUUUCCCCUUCAAGAAGCCGGCUCCGGGGCGCGCUCACCCCUGUGAGGAGGCCAGAGGCCGGACACUGGAGGCGCUGUCUCCGCUCCCGUUAGAUCAUGUACCAGCCCAGCCGGGGGGCGGCCCGGCGUCUCAGCCCCUGCCUCCGCACUUACCAGGCUCGCCCCCAGGACCAGCUUUCUCCACGGACUCUACCAUUCCCACCUUUGUGGCCCCCCUCCACAACAGCCACUUUUCCAUCUUCUCUUCUCUGGUCUCCCCCACCCCCACACCCUCCCAUUUGGCUGCUUCCCCGGGCUCUCCCACUACAUCUCCCUCAGAUCCAGACCCUCAGCUCACCAUGGGUGGUUCUCCCUCCAGGAAAGGGAGAGGAGGGACCAGGACCUGAAAUGUAUAGUGGCUGCCUGGAUGGGCUUAGGAGCCUAUUUGAGGGACCUCCCUGCCCCUGUCCUGGGGCUUUGAUACCUUUCCAAGCCCCAGGAACCUCUCGCCCUUCCCCUGCCACUCCAUCAGGAGAUCCAAGUAUGGAGGAGCACCUGGCUGUCAUGUAUGAGAGACUGAGACAAGAGCUUCCCAAUCUCUUCCUUCACUCCCACGACUAUACUCUCUACUCAUCAGAUGUGGAAUUCAUCAAUGAGAUCCUGAACAUCCGUACCAAGGGCCGGACAUGGUACAUUCUGUCACUGACCCUCUGCCGCUUCCUGGCCUGGAACUAUUUUGCACAGCUUCGGUUGGAGGUUCUACAGCUGACCCGCCACCCAGAGAAUUGGACCCUGCAAGCUCGAUGGCGGCUUGUGGGGCUGCCCAUCCACAUGCUCUUUCUGCGUUUCUACAAGCGAGAUAAGGAAGAGCUUUAUCGGACCUAUGAUGCCUAUUCCACCUUCUACCUGAAUUCCAGUGGCCUCAUUUGUCGCCAUCGCCUAGACAAACUGAUGCCUUCACACUCAGCCCCAACGCCUGUGAAAAAGCUGCUAGUGGGAGCCCUGGUGACUCUGGGACUGUCAGAGCCAGAACCCAACUUACACCUGUGUUCGAAGACCUGAUCCAGGAACUGGGGUAAAGGCAGCACUGAAGACUGCUAUAUACGCACAAGAGGAAGGGGUGGAGGGGGCCUAGAAUCUCAGGAGCCAGCUUCCUCCCCUCUUUACUCUCCUUUUUUGCCAUUUCAUGCUGUGUAAAGCUGCUGUGUAAUUUAACUUGUAAAUAAUAAAGUCUAAGUGAAUAUA